GUGCGACACUCAUCUUUGUCAGUGAACAAAAUGGCGUCUUACUGUUUGACUGUCACUAGGCUGCGGCUGGUCCUUGGAACCGGGGCAAGGCGCAUUCAUGUCACCGCAGCAUUCAACGCCAAGGCCAAAGUGGCCAUGAGCCGCUUUGAGCCCGGCUCCAGCAUCAAUUAUGAGAAGAUGCACGAGAACAUCAGCAUUGUACGAAAGAGGCUCAAGAGGCCUCUCACUCUGUCGGAGAAGAUUGUGUACGGUCACCUGGAUGAUCCGGUCAACCAGGAGAUCGACCGCGGCCGCACUUACCUGCGCCUGCGUCCGGACCGCGUGGCUAUGCAGGAUGCCACGGCUCAGAUGGCGAUGCUCCAGUUCAUCAGCAGUGGUCUGGCCAGGGUGGCCGUGCCCUCCACCAUCCACUGCGAUCACUUGAUUGAGGCCCAGAUCGGAGGGGCUAAGGACCUGCAGAGGGCAAAGGAACUAAACGAGGAGGUGUACAACUUCCUUUCAACUGCUGGAGCUAAAUAUGGAGUUGGCUUCUGGAAACCCGGCUCUGGAAUCAUUCAUCAGAUCAUCCUGGAGAACUAUGCCUAUCCCGGAGUGAUGCUGAUUGGUACAGAUUCCCACACACCUAAUGGCGGUGGCUUGGGCUCCGUCUGUAUCGGAGUGGGUGGAGCAGACGCCGUGGAUGUCAUGGCUGGAAUCCCCUGGGAGCUCAAGUGUCCCAAUGUGAUUGGAGUGAGGCUGACAGGCACCCUGUCUGGCUGGACCUCUCCAAAGGACGUCAUCCUGAAGGUGGCUGGCAUCCUGACUGUGAAGGGUGGCACUGGGGCUAUUGUGGAGUACCAUGGACCUGGAGUGGAUUCCAUCUCCUGCACUGGAAUGGCCACCAUCUGUAACAUGGGCGCUGAGAUUGGAGCAACCACGUCCAUUUUCCCCUACAACCACCGCAUGAAGACAUACCUGGAUAAAACUGGCCGUGGGGAGAUUGCCGCUUUGGCUGAUCAGUUCCAAGAUGACCUGGUUCCUGAUAAAGGCUGCGAAUACGACCAGACCAUUGAGAUUAACCUGAGUGAGUUGAAGCCCCACAUCAACGGGCCGUUCACCCCGGAUCUGGCCCACCCUGUGUCUGAGAUCGGGGCUAUCGCCAAGAAGAGCGGCUGGCCCCUGGAGGUUAAAGUCGGUCUGAUUGGCAGCUGCACCAACUCCAGCUACGAGGACAUGGGCAGAGCAGCCUCUCUGGCCAAGCAGGCUCUGGAUAAAGGUCUGAAGUGCAAGGCCCAGUUCACAGUCACCCCUGGUUCUGAGCAGAUCCGAGCCACCAUCGAGAGGGACGGAUAUGCCAAGAUCCUGAGUGAUGUUGGUGGAAUUGUACUCGCCAAUGCUUGUGGACCCUGCAUUGGACAGUGGGACAGGCAGGAUGUGAAAAAAGGAGAGAAGAACACCAUUGUCACUUCCUUCAACAGGAACUUCACUGCCAGGAAUGAUGCUAACCCUGCUACUCAUGCUUUUGUCACCUCCCCUGAGAUUGUCACAGCCAUGGCCAUCGCCGGAACCCUCAACUUCAACCCCGAGACUGACUACCUGACUGCUCCAAACGGAGAGAAGUUCAAGCUGGAGCCCCCCACUGGUGACGAGCUCCCCUCCAAAGACUUCGACCCGGGUCAGGACACCUACCAGCAUCCUCCAGCUGAGAGCAGCGCAGUCAAGGUGGACGUGAGCCCAUCCAGCAACCGUCUGCAGCUGCUGGAGCCCUUCGACAGGUGGAGUGGAAAAGACCUUGAAGACCUGAGGGUCCUCAUCAAGGUGAAGGGAAAGUGCACCACUGACCACAUCAGCGCCGCCGGGCCCUGGCUGAAAUUCCGCGGUCACCUGGACAACAUCUCCAACAAUCUGCUGAUCGGCGCCGUUAACAUUGAGAACGAUGCCGUGAACAAGAUCAAGAACCAGCUGACUGGAGAGUACGGAGGUGUGCCCGACGUGGCUCGCCAUUACAAGGCCAACGGAGUGAACUGGGUGGUUGUUGGAGAUGAGAACUACGGAGAGGGAUCCAGCAGAGAGCACGCUGCUCUGGAGCCAAGACACCUGGGAGGACGCGCCAUCAUCGUCAAGAGCUUUGCCAGAAUCCACGAGACUAACCUGAAGAAGCAGGGCCUGCUGCCUCUGACUUUCGACGACCCCAGCGACUACGACAAAAUUCGCCCUGAUGACCAUAUUUCAAUCACCGGGCUGAAAUCUUUUGUUCCCGGCAAGCCCCUGUCAGCAGUGAUCAAGCACAGCGAUGGCAGCCAGGUCUCCAUAACCCUAAACCACACCUUCAAUGAGACCCAGAUCGAGUGGUUCAAGGCUGGCUCCGCCCUCAACAGGAUGAAGGAGCUCCAGUAAUUGGCGGAGAGAUGGGAGGCAGGGCCCGUAGGGGGCCGUCGAGGGGCCUUGGCGUGGGUUAAAGAAGGGGGAGAAAUGUGGGCCUAGAGUGGGGCUUCGCAAAGAGGAAGAGACGGCGUGAACGGUAGAUAGUAACCAGAUCUGGUUUAGGGACAGCUGUAGUCAUGCUCAGUUAAAGAAAGAACGCACGCACAUACACACAUACACACACAAGGUCGCUGUACAGAUGAAAAGCGCACACACAAGCACACGCACAUGCACAGACAGGAUUACUGUGAAAGCACUUCCCGGUUGAAAGAAAGAAUCACACAUUUGCACAUAAUCUUAGCUAUGUUUGUGUGAGAAGCAUAGCGGUGUGUCUCCAUUUUUAGGCAGCGUCGCUUAUACUGGCAGCACUCCUCCGUUUAAAAUCGGAUUCGUCAAGCAUUAUUUGUUCAUCGAGCGUAACCCUGUAGCGCUUCGUCUGUGUCAUACACAAACGCUCAUCUUUCUCCAUCGAAGGGAGUUGUACAAUUUUUCACGUGAUAUUUUUUAUGACAGAUCAGUAUCACUGUAUAUCUUUAAAAAAAACACAUUACUGUAUUGUGCAUAAUCAGCCACACUGGUUUUAAAGUCACACCUGAAUCAGUUAAGUUGAGUAUAGAUAAAGAUAUCCAAAAACAGCUGUGAGACAGUGAAGUGUGAACUGUUGAAUCCAGCCCAAGACCAGAAAAAUAUUACAAAUUUAUACCUCUGUAAUGUUAUCUCCAUCCAAACAGCUCAAUAAGCUGACUUAUAUGAAUGUAAUAUUUUCCUUUGUAAUCUCCACACCUGAAAAGUGAAUCUUUUCCAGGUUAUCUGUAGCUAUAAUAUGCCAAAUGGUUCCUCCUGUAGAGAGCCACGGGGGUUUUCGCUGCAUUCUGAUGUGAUUAAUGACUUGAACAAAUGUUUCCUCGGUCACCACUGAUUGGAACCACUCUCUAAACAAACCACCGGGGCUCACUUAUUUACUGUAAACAACAUCAGCGGCGAAAGUCCCUCGGCCCCCGUGCUCAUAAGUCGUAGUACAUCUGCAGCCCACUGUGCUCUCACUCAGUCUGAGACGCUGCUUUUGCUCCACUUCGUUUCGAGUGCGGUUUCACUCCGGUACAUUUCGGUCAGCACGUGAAUCUCUACACUCCCUGCUGCUCUUCCCAUGCUCUCUGUUCUCGCAUCACAUAACCCUCCAUUGUGUUAAAAAAACUUUCCUGUGUGGUGGUCUCUAGACCAGCUAGAGCACAAAACGCUAGUGUGGUAGCGCUGGCCUUGCCAUUUUUUUAAAUGUUCAUCUGUACUUUGUUCUGUGUUUGUGUGUGUUUGUGUGUGUGUGUGUGUGUGUGUGUGUGAUGCAUGAUUGAUUUGAUCAGGUUAACAUCGGUCUGUGUUUGAAGCUGUCUGUCCCUCUUUGCUCAUCCUGCCUAGCUUUCAGGCCGGCUCAUGCGGGCCAAACCACAACCUGAUACGUUUGUUGCAAUUGGCUGUUAUCAGAUUUUUGUUCUUAGACAGUAAAGCUGCACUGGAUCAGAUCUCUAGCAAAUAAAGAGAAGAGUAUGGCACUGCAGAUUAACCCCCGUUUAACCCCGGCACCUGAAAAACAGUGUAAUAAACACUCCUCUAUAGUAGAUUGUUUGUACAGUCUCCCUUCUAGAUUAAAGCCUCACAGAUCAGCAGGUUGUCCGGCUCAGACGUCACGCUAACAUAGUGUCUCAGUGUUUAUCAGCCGCCCCUCACUUUCAUCUGGAGAUGCCAGUGUGUGAAAUUGCCUCGUGUAGCUGUAAUGUGAGACUACAGGGCGUAUUUGUCUUUGAACUGAAUGUUUUUUCUUUCCAGGUUGAGGUUUGGUCCUCCAUAGCAUGAGACGGCCUCCUGUCUUCUUACACAAACUAACGCACAAUCUAGUGUCCAGACGCCUGGAUUCUAGCACUUUGUAGAAUUAGCAACGUAGUUUUUUUUAGGUGUGCUUUACCAUGCAUCAUUUAUCCUUCGCAAAAUGUUUUAAUCCUCAGUGUACAUCUUCGUUGCGUGCGAUGAAUCCUUCGACAGUAGAAAGAUUUAGAUUCAGGAUCAUUCUUUUAGUAGAUUUGGUAACGAUGUCAUGAUGUACACAUAGCGUGCGCCACUGAAACAGCGUGGUUAUAUAUUUUUAUGGGCAUAGGGAUGUUGGAGGUCCUUGCUGCUUUGUUAUGUUGGAGUAGUGCUGGUGUUUAGCUCCUCAUCAUGCAGAAAGUCUAUUAUAAAUAUCUUAUCAUUCAUUUUGACAAUUACAAUUACAGACAGUUGAUAAUUACACUGCUUGAGGUUAAUCCACAUAUAUUUAAACGUCACUGAGUUUGGUCCUGUGUGUAAAUGAUGUGAUAUAUAGCUGCACUUUGUAUAGGGGCGUGUAUAUAAGUAUUAUAUCAUAAUAAAGAGAUAUAUAUAUUAAUAAAUAAAUAGAGAUCAAGAGACAUGCAGUAAGCUGCUUAUCUAAAUGAGAGCAGUUAACUCUUGAAACAAGAUGUAAUGUAUUGUCCCCCUUCUGUCGUCAUUUUUAAAGUGAAUCUCCAUUAAUCUAAUGGUUUCACGAACCAGUUGACAGGUGGAUUGUGGGUUUUGACAGUGAGAAAAGGGACUUGUUAUAUUUUUGGAAAAGGUGACUCAUGAAGGCUUUAGUUUAGUUUGUCUUAAUUUUUAGUUUCACAUAGUUUUCCGGGACAGAGAAGAUUUGAAACCUUGAGUCCUUGAUUUCAAGACUUUUUGCUGUUCAUACAAUCAACCGCUAAACACUUUGAGAAUCAUCGCAAAAAUGGUUUUAUGUCCCCAUUACACUCAUCACUUCGGUGGUGAAACACUCCACGUCAGAUUGUCAGAAUUAAACUGCCAAAGAUGCCUAAUAAAAAUAUAUGGAUGUGAGGAAGUUGUGGUUAUCCAUGAGACGUUGUUGUUGCUGUGCAUGGCCCAUUUACAUGUGAAUUUUGAAAAAAUAUCACCAUGUCCAUAAUAAUCUGAAUAUGUACAGGGUGUUUUUUUUUCUCCCCACAUACUUGAUUAGAUUUCAUCAUCUUCAAAAAUACUGAUUCAUUUCAACUUUCCUCUUUUAGCACAUUUUAAAGCGCAGCUUGUGAUGCAUUUUGCUUAUACUGUGAUGUAAGAUAUGGAUUUGUUGUUCACUGGUUCAGGUCUUUGAGUUUUUAAAAAGCACCACUGUAAAGUGACAAAUCAAAUAAUGAUGUUCAUGAAGACAUUGUGUGGUAGCAUGCCCAUUGUGUCAUUUUGUACUCAGGUGUGCUUCGUUUGGUCAAGCUUCCUCCGAUGUGUUUGAAAUCAGUUCUUUAACAUGCUUCAUAUGAACAGAUGUUAUUUAUAGUGAUGAUACCCCUCACACUCCUGUUUUAAAAUUCAACUUGAUUUUGUAAAACUAGAUGAUUUAAAUGCUUGCAGUUUUAUAGCUCGCAAGACAUCCAAUAUCUUGACAUCUUUACAAUAUAAACGGUAAAUUAAUAAAGAUAAAAUUCUGAA